AUAAAGCAACGAAAAAAAAAAGCAAACGGACGUGUAAGCUCCACAUUAGCAAAGCCGCGUCCGUGCGUAUAAUAGCGAGCAUCCACCCGCACCGCCUCCCCCGUGUUCCCCCAUCCCCACUGACGCCUCCUCCGCACGACACACCGGCGCCGCACUCAUCGGAGAGGAGCAAGCUCCCGCCCCGGCUCGAUCCGAUGGCCAACAGCAACCUUCCGCGACGAAUCAUCAAGGAGACGCAGAGACUCCUCAGCGAGCCAGCACCGGGGAUCAGCGCUUCGCCCUCGGAGGAGAACAUGCGCUACUUCAACGUCAUGAUCCUUGGUCCGGCGCAGUCGCCCUACGAAGGGGGAGUUUUUAAGCUGGAACUCUUUUUACCCGAGGAAUAUCCGAUGGCUGCCCCAAAGGUUAGGUUUCUGACCAAAAUAUACCAUCCCAACAUUGACAAGAAAUGGUUAUUCCUUAACGGAUUUACCUUUGUAGCUUGUAUCCAGGCACUCCUAAGUGCACCAAAUCCAGAUGACCCUCUCUCCGAAAACAUUGCUAAGCACUGGAAGUCCAAUGAGGCAGAAGCUGUUGAAACAGCGAAGGAGUGGACUCGUCUGUAUGCCAGUGGUGACUCGCUGGCCUAUGCUAUUUCUCCUCCCUCCCCUUUCAUGCUCUCCCGUGCUGAGAUCUCGUCGUUCCCAAUUCGCUAUGGCGUGGCCUCCGCGCAGGACUUCGAGCGCUACUACGACGCGGGCCUCGGCAUCUGCCGCCAGCCCAAGGGCGACGGCGACGACGACGACGACGCGCCGCCCGGAUCGGGCUCCGCCGACACCGCUCACGGCCACGCCAACGGCGGCGUCGACCUGUCCGUCUUCGAGCAGUUCCAGCGGAUGGAUAGAAAUGUCGAGUUGCGCUAUGGGGCAAUGGAUGCCGGGCCACCGCAGAAAUCCCUGCUUCCUUCUUUUGAAUCUGCAGAAACACGCAACUUAGCCGAGACAUUGUUGAGGGAUAUCAUUCGUGGGAGUCCAGAUGUCAAAUGGGAAAGCAUUAAAGGUUUGGAAACUGCGAAGCGACUUCUUAAGGAGGCAGUUGUCAUGCCUAUAAAGUAUCCCAAGUACUUCACAGGUCUGUUAUCACCCUGGAAAGGUAUAUUGCUAUUUGGUCCACCAGGAACAGGAAAGACAAUGCUGGCAAAAGCUGUGGCUACCGAGUGCAAAACAACUUUUUUCAACAUUUCAGCCUCAUCAAUUGUCAGCAAAUGGCGUGGUGACUCGGAGAAACUAGUAAAAGUCUUAUUUGAGCUUGCAAGGCAUCAUGCACCAUCUACCAUUUUCCUUGAUGAGAUUGAUGCUAUCAUUAGCCAACGUGGUGAAGCUCGUAGUGAACAUGAAGCCAGUCGGCGAUUGAAGACUGAACUAUUAAUACAGAUGGAUGGAUUGACUAAGACAGAUGAGCUUGUUUUUGUUCUGGCGGCCACAAAUUUACCUUGGGAACUAGACGCAGCAAUGUUACGCCGAUUGGAAAAACGUAUUCUUGUGCCCUUACCAGAGGCAGAAGCUAGGCAUGCUAUGUUUGAAGAGUUCCUUCCAUCGACUCCAGAUACAAUGGAGAUUCCAUAUGAUGUUCUUGUGGAGAACACCGAAGGAUAUUCCGGCUCUGAUAUACGCCUUGUCUGUAAGGAGGCAGCAAUGCAACCACUUAGACGGUUAAUGGCAGUUCUAGAAGGCAGACAAGAAGAAAUGCCAGAGGAUGAGUUGCCUGAAGUUGGCCCAAUAGCGGCAGAAGAUAUCGAACUUGCCUUGAGAAAUACACGGCCGUCUGCUCAUCUCCAUGCACAUAGAUAUGAGAAAUUCAAUCAAGAUUAUGGCAGCCAUGUCAUUGGCUAAAGGAGCAUGUUGAUAUGACCUUGUUUGCACCCUGUAUGGAGCUUUAGUAUUCGUCGGCAGAAAGGAUAAUUACCAUCCAUGUAUUUCCAGCUCGUAAGCAUUGCUUGUGCAUAAUAUUUGUUCCAUCAUCAUGUAUAUUACCAUUUACAUCACAAACAGUAAGUCCUUUGGGUAUUCAAGCUCUA